AAUGUGCUGGGAGAAUUCGGCUGGGAGCUGGAGGUCAGACAUACCAGCAGGGUCGGAAGGAGGCAGGUACGGAAGCUGAUCUGCAAAGGGAGGCAGUCGAAGCUGGCAUUUGACAGAAAAACGUUUGUCUGUGGAUUUUGAGCAUCUGAAGUUGACCUCUGCGUUAAGCAUUCGCUGCUGCUUCCCUCACUGCCCGAAGAGAUGUCUGUCGCUUACGAUGAUGCCGUUGGAGUAGAAGUGUCCAGCGAUAGCUUCUGGGAGGUUGGGAACUACAAGCGGACCGUGAAGCGGAUAGACGAUGGCCACCGUCUGUGCAGCGACCUCAUGAACUGCCUGCACGAACGGGCGCGCAUCGAGAAGGCGUACGCACAGCAGCUCACCGAGUGGGCACGGCGCUGGAGGCAGCUCGUGGAGAAGGGGCCCCAGUAUGGAACGUUGGAGAAGGCCUGGACGGCAGUCAUGUCCGAGGCAGAGAAGGUGAGCGAGCUGCACCUGGAGGUGAAGGCCUCGCUGAUGAAUGAGGACUUCGAGAAGAUCAAAAACUGGCAGAAGGAAGUCUUUCACAAGCAGAUGAUGGGAGGCUUCAAGGAGACCAAAGAAGCCGAGGAUGGCUUUCGGAAAGCACAGAAGCCCUGGGCCAAGAAGCUGAAAGAGGUGGAAGCAGCAAAGAAGGCCUACCACGCGGCAUGUAAAGAGGAGAAGUUGGCCACAUCCCGAGAAACCAAUAGCAAAGCGGACCCAUCCCUCAACCCCGAGCAGCUUAAGAAGUUGCAAGACAAAGUAGAAAAAUGCAAGCAAGACGUUCUGAAGACCAGAGAGAAGUACGAGAAGUCCCUGAAGGAGCUUGACCAGGGCACGCCGCAGUACAUGGAGAACAUGGAGCAGGUGUUUGAGCAGUGCCAGCACUUUGAGGAAAAGCGUCUGCGCUUCUUCCGGGAAGUUCUGCUGGAGGUUCAGAAGCACCUAGACCUGUCAAACGUGGCCAGCUACAAGAACAUUUACCGUGACCUGGAGCAGAGCAUCAAAGCUGCUGACGCGGUGGAGGACCUGAGGUGGUUCAGAGCCAACCACGGGCCAGGCAUGUCCAUGAACUGGCCACAGUUUGAGGAUGAAGAAUGGUCUGCAGACCUGAAUCGAACCCUCAGCCGGAGAGAGAAGAAGAAGGCUGCUGAUGGCGUCACCCUGACAGGCAUCAACCAGACAGGUGACCAGGCUCUGCAGAACAAGCCCAGCAGUGACCUUAGUGUCCCGAGCAACCCCGCACGGUCAGCGCAGUCACUGUCCAGCUACAACCCCUUCGAGGAUGAGGACGACACGGGGAGCACCGUCAGUGAGAAGGAGGACAUUAAGGCCAAAAACGUGAGCAGCUACGAGAAGACCCAGAGCUACCCCACUGACUGGUCAGAUGAUGAAUCUAACAACCCGUUCUCCUCCACGGAUGCCAAUGGGGACUCAAACCCAUUUGACGAGGAUGCCACCUCGGGGACAGAAGUGCGGGUCCGGGCCCUUUACGACUAUGAAGGGCAGGAGCAUGAUGAGCUGAGCUUCAAGGCGGGGGACGAGCUGACCAAGAUAGAGGACGAGGAUGAACAGGGCUGGUGCAAGGGACGCUUGGACAACGGGCAGGUCGGCCUGUACCCAGCCAAUUACGUCGAGGCGAUCCAGUGACGGGCCAGCCAGCUGGCUGGCGGAGAGUGGAGGCGGGGGUCCCAGGAGCUCCGUUGGCCAUCGGCCCUGGACAGCGGCAGCCCGGCGGCAGUCGGCUGUGUGAGUGUCCGCUCCUUUUCCUGCAAGACGUGCUGGCUCCGUUGCUCUUGGCUUCCUGGUGUCUCUCAGAGGCAGACGAGCUGGUCGUUUCAUCUGGGACUCAGCACCUUUCCGCACGCCGUGCAGACGGAGAGGUCUGAGCGCCGGAAGACAGUACAACAGGACUCACCCCGUACCCCCAUCCUGCUCACUCUGCUUGUCGGCUUAUCAUGGAUCUGUCUGUUCUUGACCUUGUCUUUCCUCCUCUCCUCUGAAGCAAUGGUGGGUUCCAUUGAUUCUUGUUCCGCUGAUUACUUCCUCUGACGCGUCCCAUCACCCGCAACUUAAAUGAACAAACUUACAUGCUAUUUUCUGAGUGAAGACGUCGAGGUUUUUAAUUUAAAGGCUGUGUACAGUUAUACUUUUUUAUAUACCUGUUCUUCCAUUCAUUUAUACUUAAAUUAUGGCACAGAUUGAUAUACACCGGUCUUGAGGAAAUCUCUCUUUCCGCGCUGGGCCUGGGGCAAGCCUUGAGAGCCGCAGUUCCCUGAGAUAGGCGGUGCUUGAGGCCCGAGAGGGUGGUGGAAAGGUGGGGAACGCGUCCGGCUGGAUUUCUGGUGUGAAGGCCCUGUGCAUUUGGGGCAUCUGCCAUGAGUUCCGGAAAUAACCUUAGGUAGUACUCCAGAUGUCCCCGUAUUUAAAAACUAUUUUCAUUCUAUUUGUGUUUAAAACUUUAUUCUUGCAAAUUAACAAUUUUAUCAGUGAUUUGAAAGGUUACAAAGUAAGAAGACUAACUUCUCAAGCACACGCAUCUGUAGAUUAAGAUGCUUUCUAUUAGACUGUCAUGUCUUGGUGUAUAUCUGUAUAUAUUAUUUGAUAUUCAGAGAGUCUAAAGAGUUCGUCUACUGUUUUAGUGAGAUUUAAUGGCUUUUGACAGUGGGUUUAAUUUGUAAACUGCUUGAAGACUGUGACAUUCGGGCACAGGCCUGGCUGGUCGGCUGGGCCUCCUCUGGGCUCCGGGCACGAACCUGGGCCUCUCUGGAGUGGGGACAGCUGUUGGGACGCCUGUCCUCGCUGGACAGCUGUGGGUCCACCUCCCCACCAGCCUUAGUCCUUUCCGUAGCAGAACACUGUAAAACCUCCCGUGUCUUUCCAACAGCUGCAGAUGCCAGCCCUCCCAGUCCCUCGCGAGCACACGAAAGCUGGGUCUCACCCCAGAGCACCGGGGUCUCUGAGCGGCCUUAGUCAUCGGGAGCAGAUGUGCUGGGGCAGGAACUACACUGUAAUCACAGGGUGGGGGAGGGAGGGAAGGCGGGAAAACCUUUAUUUUGUGUAACUCAGACACCAGUGAAAUGGCCACCGCCAUCACAAGCUAUGCAUUUUCUCAGUGUUUCCAGUGAGCUUGAUGUCUUGCUUGGAAAGUGGAUGUGCGUCUGUGUUCGUCAUGAAAACUUACCAGCAGAAAUCCUCAUUCCUUUGCUACAGAUUUACCAAAAAUUGUCAAGUCUUUUCAGUUAGGAGUUUCUUUAAAUGUAUAGUAUUUUAGAAAAAAAAAAAUCAAUAAACAGUUGAUCUCAUGA